CGGCGCCUCGUCAAGAUCCUGCUGCUGGGCGCGGGCGAGAGCGGCAAGUCCACCUUCCUCAAGCAGAUGCGCAUCAUCCACGGCCGCGAGUUCGACCAGAAGGCGCUGCUCGAGUUCCGCGACACCAUCUUCGAUAACAUCCUCAAGGGCUCACGGGUCCUUGUUGAUGCACGAGACAAGCUGGGCAUCCCAUGGCAGUAUUCAGAAAAUGAGAAGCAUGGCAUGUUCCUCUUGGCCUUUGAGAACAAGGCGGGGCUGCCCGUGGAGCCUGCCACCUUCCAGCUCUACGUGCCCGCGCUGAGCGCUCUCUGGAGGGACUCUGGCAUCAGGGAGGCUUUCAGCCGGAGGAGCGAGUUCCAGCUGGGUGAAUCUGUGAAGUACUUUCUGGAUAACUUGGACCGGAUCGGCCAGCUGAAUUACUUUCCCAGUAAGCAGGACAUCCUGCUGGCACGGAAAGCCACCAAGGGCAUUGUGGAACACGACUUUGUCAUUAAAAAAAUCCCCUUUAAGAUGGUGGACGUGGGUGGCCAGCGGUCCCAGCGCCAGAAGUGGUUCCAGUGCUUUGACGGGAUCACGUCCAUCCUGUUCAUGGUGUCGUCCAGUGAGUACGACCAGGUGCUCAUGGAGGACAGGCGCACCAACCGGCUGCUGGAGUCCAUGAACAUCUUCGAGACCAUCGUCAACAACAAGCUCUUCUUCAACGUCUCCAUCAUCCUCUUCCUCAACAAGAUGGACCUCCUGGUGGAGAAGGUCAAGACCGUCAGCAUCAAGAAGCACUUCCCGGACUUCAAGGGCGACCCCCACAGGCUGGAGGACGUUCAGCGCUACCUGGUCCAGUGUUUCGACCGGAAGAGACGCAACCGCAGCAAGCCGCUGUUCCACCACUUCACCACCGCCAUCGACACGGAGAACGUCCGCUUCGUGUUCCACGCUGUGAAGGACACCAUCCUGCAGGAGAAUCUGAAGGACAUCAUGCUGCAGUGAGAGAGGGCCCCCCACUGCGCUGGCCACACCUCCCUGGGCCUGGGGCGGGCCUCCCGGAUCCGUGCCGCUCCAGGCCCGGGGACACGGACGCUCGACGUUAGCUACUGAACCCGGGGCAUAGUCAAACUACUGAGAAUCCAAGGGGUCACUCUGGUAUUAAUUCGUGACACUAGUAACACAGCUUUCUCUCUCUACAGAACUCGUGUUCCUGUCCCGACAGUGUCAUGAGGACCGUGUGCGUGGGGGGGGGGGGGCGCGCACACGCUCUGGAAUGACAAGGACACAAACCAACUAGCCUUGCAGAUGCCUUCUCCCUCUAACCCACAGGCUUCUGUGAGGGACACUAACCCGAGAGCUUUGCCGACACUGUUUGCGGGCGGGCGGGGGUCUCUGUGCCACCUCCCAAAGCAAGCACGUUGCCUUUUAAAAUUCUGUGCCGGCUUCUUGAGAGAGCCUGUCCGACGCACUCGAUCAGGCCGGGGCCCUGCCUUAGAGGGUCGGAGUGGGCUCGCCUUAACGCCCCGCCGCCCGAGUGCCAGUGGGGGUACGCUCGGUGCUGGUGAUCCGCGCCCCCUCCCCUCGGAGGCGGGAGCACUUCCUGCUCGCCUUGGGACUCCUAGAGGCUCCAUGAAAGCCGCUGCUGCCUGGGUGUCUGGAAGGGCUGCCCUUGCAGGGGCCUGGGCUCUGGAGGCAGAGUCCACCUUUCUGCACACUACUGCCACCUCGAUGCCUUUGGACAGCCGGUGCCUGCUCCCGGCCCUGCUCGAAGCCCCAUGCUCACUGGGGUCCCUUCCGCUCGUGCGCGCAUCCCGGGUGAACACUGCCAGGCCCACGAGCUCGGACUCCGGCGGAUCUUCCCCGGCCCUGCACCUGCCCACUUUGUUUGCACGGGUGUCUCUCGCUGGCUGUCACACACACUGCGUCCCACGCCGGUCCCACUGUGUGUUCCUCUGAUAGAAACGUCUGGUGGGUCAGGACUUUUCCUGGUAUUUAGAAGGAAACAGGAAGCUUCUCUCACUCGCCCCAGAUGGUCACUGUGGCUGAGUAGCACGUGAGAGACCCCGUCCCUAGCCUGUCACAGGUCCUGUGUCCCUUGUGUGUCUCCCUCUUGGCUCGUUUCCAGCAGUCUUGUGGCAGGUUCUGACCCAGGAGGAAGGGAGUAGGACCUGCCCCCUGCCCCUGACUUGUCCUUAUUAUCAGUGUUCUCAGUGAGACCACAGGAAAGUGUCUCUCCCUCCCUCCCUCCCUCCCUCCCUCCCUCCCUCCCUCUCUCUCUCUCUCUCUCUCUCUCUCUCUCUCUCUUUCUCUGUCUCUCUCUCUCUGUGCUUGAGACUUUGUGUCCAUGUUUGUUGGGGUUUGUGGCUUUUCUGGCUGGAAAAAAAUUGCUGUUUUUGCACUGCUUCCUGGGGCUCCUCAUGAACUGAAGGAUGUAACCCGGGGUCAGUGCUGAUGACCGUGGCUCAAAGGGAAAGGAGCAGCCUCCCUGGGGUGGUCCAGGGUCCUUUCAAGUGGCUGCAGGGACCCGCCGCCCAGUCCCUGGCAAGGCAGGCUCUCCUCGCCGGUCACUGGGGGCCUUCCCAGCAGCUGCUUGCCAGUGUGGGAGACCCCCGGCCCACGGCACCGGCUGGGCACUCCCGCCCCUCUACCCAGCUGACCAGAAGCGCACAAGUGCAGGGGUGGGGCUGUGCUGAGCUCCCAGAAGGGUUCCCGGCCCACAGGCCCUAGGCCCCCAUCUUGCCAGGCCCGGGCUUCCACUCCUGCUGACCUCGGGGCAUGUGGGGGGUUGUGUAGAGGCCCCCGCUCUGUGUCCCGAGCUUCCUGGGAGAUCGAAUUUGCAAGGCUCAGCUAAGACCGGUCACGCCUUUCUUACACAUAGACUAGUCGUUUUGUCUCCAAAAUCUGCGGCUUUUGUAUUUUUUUAAUUACACUGUUAUCCUCGAUUGUCUUUUUUAUUGAGUUGUUGGAGAAGCAGGAGAUAGUCAUGCCUCAUUCUAUUAUUGCAAAAAUGUAACAAUAAAUUUCCCUCGAAAUAAGA